AUGCACUUUGCCGCCUCGACAGUGAAGGCAGUACUCCUCCUUACGGCUGCUAUCAUAUCGCAUCGCGUACACUCCCCGCCCACACCGCCAGCGAAACCAGCCACCAUGUCGAAGUUCGGAACAGGUGACGAACUGGUCUCCUUGGUGCAAUGGAUCACCAUCGUUAGCCCAGCGGUCGUCUGGUCGUUCACGACGUGCGAGAUCCUCGUCCUCAUGGUGAAUGCAAAACCAUCCGCGUUUAUGGCAAGGUUUAUUCCUAUCUUCCCGCCCUCUACGGCCCCGGACCUAUACAUUUCCCCGCUCUUCAUCGUCGGAUGGUUCCUCCUGGUAUUGGGCGGGGGCUUUCGCCUCUGGUGCUACCGUACACUCGGCCGUCUGUUCACAUAUCAACUGUCCUUCGAAGACGACCACUACCUCAUCACCACCGGUCCUUACUCCAUUGUCCGGCAUCCGAGCUAUAUGGGGUGGACGAUCUUCGCCGUCGGGCUGCUCACCAUGCAACUGAGCCCAGGCUCUUGGUUCAUGGAGUGCGGCCCUUCGGACUCAAACAUCGGUUGCUUUGUGAUGGCCGCGUGGGUUGUGUAUAACGUGUAUCUCUUCUCUUUCGUUCCGGGGAGAAUGAUACGCGAGGACCGGGCGCUCAAGAGGCAAUUUGGCGACGAGUGGUUACAGUGGUCCAAGAAAACGCCUUACAAGUUGAUUCCAGGGCAGGUGAGCGAGAAAAAAUUCGACGUGUAA